GCGGCUUCCCUGGCACCGAACCACGCACGCGCUCCGGCCGCCCCUGCCUCCUCUGCCGCAGGAAGGCGUCUUCCGAGCUCGGCCCGCGCCAUGCCCCGCAUAGAUGCAGACCUCAAGCUAGACUUCAAGGAUGUCCUGCUCCGACCUAAGCGGAGCAGCCUCAAGAGCCGCGCCGAGGUGGAUCUUGAGCGUACAUUUACAUUUCGCAACUCAAAGCAGACCUACUCAGGAAUUCCUAUCAUCGUGGCCAACAUGGACACCGUGGGGACAUUUGAGAUGGCAGUUGUCAUGUCACAGCAUUCUCUGUUUACGGCAGUCCAUAAACAUUACACCCUGGAUGACUGGAAGCAGUUUGCCACCAAUCACCCUGAGUGCCUGCAGCAUGUAGCUGUGAGCUCAGGAAGUGGGCAGAAUGAUCUGGAAAAGAUGAGCAGCAUCCUGGGUGCCAUCCCCCAGGUGAAGUUUAUUUGCCUGGAUGUAGCCAAUGGGUAUUCAGAACAUUUUGUGGAAUUUGUGAAACUGGUCCGGGCCAAGUUUCCUGAGCACACCAUCAUGGCUGGGAAUGUGGUGACAGGAGAGAUGGUGGAAGAGCUCAUCUUGUCUGGAGCUGAUAUCAUCAAAGUGGGAGUCGGGCCAGGCUCAGUGUGCACCACCCGCACCAAGACCGGGGUGGGCUACCCCCAGCUGAGCGCCGUGAUCGAGUGCGCAGACUCCGCCCAUGGCCUCAAGGGCCACAUCAUCUCUGACGGCGGCUGCACGUGUCCAGGAGAUGUCGCCAAAGCCUUUGGAGCUGGAGCAGACUUUGUCAUGCUGGGAGGGAUGUUCUCGGGCCACACGGAGUGUGCCGGGGAAGUGAUCGAGAGGAACGGCCAGAAGCUCAAGCUGUUCUACGGGAUGAGCUCAGACACGGCCAUGAAGAAACAUGCGGGAGGAGUCGCUGAGUACAGAGCCUCUGAGGGCAAGACGGUGGAAGUGCCUUACAAAGGCGAUGUGGCCAACACAAUUCUGGACAUCCUCGGGGGACUGAGGUCAACCUGCACCUAUGUGGGGGCUGCCAAACUCAAAGAGCUCAGUAGGAGGGCAACCUUCAUCCGGGUAACCCAACAGCACAACACUGUAUUCAGUUAACUCGACGGAAGGAAGCCGCCUCACAUGCCACUUUUUCCAUGCCCCUUCUGGACUGUUCACCAGCCCUGUGGCUGCUGCUGCUGAGUGGAGCUGGUGAAAUACUGCGUCCUCCCUCCCCCCUCCUGCCACCUGGAGGCCAUGGGGCUCUUCUGGUGCCUUCUUGGGACCUAGAAGCCAGGGACUGAGGGGGCCAGCAGUCAGAGCUCCACUGUUCAAUCCAACUUUGUACCCUUUUUGUUUCCUGAUCUUUCCUUCCUUUUAUAGUGAAAUGGUUUCACUUUAAUCUAUUGCUGUUGUCCUGAGAGUUGACUGCUAGGGCUUGCACCAGUUGCAUUGGGGUGCUGGGGUUUUUGCUGCUGUCUUACCAGGUGUGUGGUACUGUUGGUGCAUGAUACACCCUGGAGGCCACUGAAGCUCAGAGCCACAGCAUUGCACCCACUGCCUUCAGCUUUUCUGGGUUGGAAAAGACCAAGGGCAAUUGUUGGGACAGAGGAACAUGGAGAAUUGUUUUCUUGGCUGCUGCACCUAAGAUGGUUGUGGCUCUGGCUGACAUCUUCCUCAACCUUCAGGGCACCUACCUUUCUGGGCAAGUCAUCUACCGCUGCUUGUUUGGAACUGCUGCUGGCAAGCUAGACCAGGCCUGUGGUUUUUCUUUUCCUCCUGCCAUUCUCUGACCCCACCCUGUCAGGCUGGCCCCUCUCAAAGAGGUUAUACAGUAUUGUGAAGUUGCACAAGGUGUUGUAUCCAAAGGUUAUCUGUGAAGCAAUUAGCAGGUUGAGUCCUGCUGUAACCCAGCAAACGCUCUGCCCAGUGGUAUCGUAAAAGGCAUCGGCUUCACACGUAAGAGCUGUUCCCUUGACAUGGUGAUGAAUACUUGCCAGGGAGGACCAUAUCAUUCUGUAGAAUGCUCCACUAAUUGGCUGGCGAUGGUGACUGGUCUUGGAGAAAGGAUCCGCGCCUGCGGCUGCUGUCCUACAGGUGCCCCAGAGGGCUGCCACUCAAGCAGAAGAGGCGAGGCCUGGAAAGUUCCCUUCCACUCAGGAAGUUUUACUUAAGGUACAGGAGUUCACUUUUUGUUGUUUCUUUGAAUCAUUGCACAUAACCCCUCUGAGUGGAGCAGGGCAUGCAGAGCAGCUGAGUCAGGAUGAAUUCAUUGCCUGGGCAUCCAGUGACAGAUGUCACCCAGACCCUCCACGUUACCAAGUGGAGGAAAUACAGGUCCAUUUCUAGUCUGGCAGGAACACAUCUGCAAACCCAAGUCGUUUUCACUCCAAUGUAAUACUCCUUUCCCUUUUCCCCUUCCCACCUACAACCAAUGGGGAAAUUGCUCUUGUCCCUUUAGAAAUAUGAGAGGCUGUGCUUUGGACAUCUGUGUGAGGGAAGGGGUUGUUCUGUGUAGAGCAGGACAGUGGGGCCUCUCCUCUGCUUGGUUGUGCUAAGGGCUCAGCAUUUCCUCUCUCCCUGUGCACGUUGUGUUCUACAAUCAAGUCCUGAAGCAUAUUAGUUCUUAUAAGACUCUAUUUAUAAAGUACAGGAGAGAAGUAAAGUUUAAAUCUAUUAAAAGUGGAUGAGUGGAUCCUGUUUUCCUCCAGACUACUUUUGCAGCCAGAUGCCACCAGUGUUCCCUUCCCCGUUUCUGCUUCCUGUGCAUGGGCCAAGGAGAGUGACACCCUUGUAACAUGUACUACUUUACCCAUCUCAUGAAAGGAUUUUACAAACGGGCUCUGUGUGACCAAAGGCUGUUCCCUUGCAGUCUAGUUUCUACAGAGGUAAAGAUUGAGUUAUUGCCAGAUGCCCAUCGGAUUCACAUCAAAGACAGGGGCUUCAUAAGAAGGGGGAGCACUAAUGUUCUAGUCCCCUUGGCUUACCUGGGUUAUCUCUGCCCCAUAGGAACAGGCUGUGAGGAUCCCGUCUCCCCCCCAUUCCCCUACCGUCAGAGCAUGCCUCAACUCAGACACUGAACAGGGAUGGAGAUCAGGCAGGCAUCCCUGACAUCCACUCACUGGCUGAGGUGAUACUUCUGAUGUUUUCAAGGUUGGCCUCACUGCGGCUGGUGGAGCUAUGGAUUUUCCCUAAUGAGUUUCCCUGGAGGUAGCCCAACCAUUUAACUCCAAAGUAGUCAUAAUAUCCAUUAGCAUCUAAUGAAAGCAAAUAGGACAGAGUCAGCAGGCUUAAACCAGGAUUGCCCAUAACAUGCCAGCAUGUCAUUGAAUGACCCUUCUAGUCUGGUCUUUGAGAUUCACCCAGUUACCACUGGGCUUAAUGCCCCAUUCAUUUACUUCCUAAGACAAACUCAGGACCUCCAUUCUCUUCUCUUAAGUUCUGUGUAACUGCUAAGCCACGUCUUUCCAAGACUUGAUUGAGCCCUUUGCAGUCUUUUAUGCAACAGUCUUUAACGAAACAUGAGGCCCAUACCUGUACCAGAAGACCCCUGCUCAGUGAGGGAAUGUCAAUGUUCUUCCCAUGUUCAAACCACUAACCAGCUUACAGGAUGUAUUGAUAAGACCACGUGACUCCAUGAGGCUUCCACAUUUUUGAAAACAAAAUUCCCUUAGACACAACCUAUUCAACACACAGGAAAUGCAAACAUGAACUAACAAACCAGGACAGUAGAUAGGGACCUCAGCCUUUUUAUCUUUUUAUCUUUAGAACCUCAUUUCAAGCAUACAUCCCGCUCUGCCCCCAACCCUCCCAAAUGAGCAAGGAUACCAAUGUCUCCUGUCUCUCCCCGCUAACAACCUCUGCAGGGCAAGAUCAUGUAAUUGCACCGGAGAUCAGGAGAAAAAGCAGCACUAUAGAGCCAAAAGAAGGGGAGGAGACCUUUGCAAUUGGCACUGUUAUUUUAUUAGUACGAGUAUACUGAAACAAUAAACUUGUACUGGUAUACAGACAAUUUAUUUAAAACAAUUUUGUUCAAAUUUUGAAUCAAACAUUGUUUUAUUAUAAUAAUGAAAUAAUUUCUACCUAGAAAACCUGCAAGCACCAUCAAAGAAAGGGACCAUAAAAUUCAAUAAACAGACUCGAGUGUAUCCUACAAAUAGACACACCACGAUUAGAAAAUAGAAUAUGAAUUCUUCCAUUUUUUAAUAUUUGUUUUUAAAAAAGCUAGUGCAAGUACAAUAUUUUACACUGGAAUUACAGAGAGUAUGCACGCAUAUGGAAAAAAAAGGUUCUCCUGUCACAAUAAAAAGCUCUUAACUAUGUAUGCACUUAAAUUUUUAUUUCUUUUCAAUAAGGUGCAAAAACAUCAUUCCUUCCCUAGUUCUCCAUACCAGUAGUGCCCUCAGCCCAAGUUUUAUAGCUGUUCUCCCUUGGCCUGUGGGAGGCAUACGAUUGGAGGUUUGGUGGGUAAUCUGGUGUUAAAACAUUGAGAGGCAUAAAUCUCAGAUGCUUUAGGGCCAGCACCCCACUGAUUAAAAUUGGGGACUCCAUCUCAUCCGAAGGCCACCACAAAUACUGAUAGGACUCUAUUGAAACCUUUCAGUUGCCACUACCUGGGUUGACACUUUACCAGUUCAGGCUGGGUAGGAAGAAAUCCAGCCAAAGAGGGCAGAAUUCACAGAACUGGAUGCACAGGUAUCAAAUUCAAGAUUCACUGACAAAGAGUUUACCCCACUCCUGGACCAGAGAAUAACUUAGUGAGUAGGUGGCUCAUCUAAGAACCAAGGGGGUGGGGUGGGGUGGGGAAUAAAGAAAGCAAAAAUCUAUGCACCAGCCUUCUUGGUAACAUCUUUAGAGACAAAAACUCUAAAGCCAGUGUCACCACGACUUGGUAUUCCAGAGGACAGUAUGUUUGAUUUCUUGGUAAGGACUACUGUAAACAGCGCUUCCCACGCAGGCCUUCAGACUAGCCACGGAAAGGGAGAUAGGCUCCUUGGCCAUCCAGACAGCAAACAAACUAAAGGGAAAGAAAGCCUCCAAUUGAUCUGCAGUGGAAGACUGAAGUCCUUUCAGAUAUGAAUUCUUAGAGACAAUUCUUGUAUAGAUACUUCCUAUUGGCCAAAUGCACUUCGUUUUUAAUAUAGUUGAACCAUGUGUAUGCAAAUCAUGGGGGUGGAGACAGGAAAAACCAAAGUCUGAUGUUUCCUCCCUUUUGUAUGAGUGCAUAUUAGCUACGAGAAGAAGGGAGGGGAUGGAAUUAUGAAUUUAAGAACUCUUAAAAGAGUGGGGGGUGUGUUUAGUAGACCCAUAGCUGUCCAGUGUUACUGUUCAGCUUGGUAUUUAUUUAUUUAUCUUCAGACAGGAAUAUAACUGCUGCUGAGAAAUUGUUCCACAUUUAUUUUGGUUUCUGGGAAAAGAAAAAAAUCCAAAUAAAACUAAAGAUGAGGCAUUUCGAUUGCAAUUCAUGUUUUACACCCCCAUUUAAAUGAGGUGUGUAUGGGGAGUGGGGGUGGAAAGGAAGAUUAAUCAUUUUUGUCCCCACAGUGAGUCCUAUUUUCUUGGUAGCUAGGAUCCCAUUUAGAAACACUUCAUGUUCAGGAUUAAUAUUCUUUGGGUUCACAGGAACAGGAAGUGCUAAAAAAAUGCUAAAACAUAUUUUCUGAAGAAAAGAAAGAUGCAAUGACUUAAGAGUUUAAACUAAAAAGGGAGCUUCAAAAAGUAUUUUCAGCCUACAUAUGAACUUCUUCUCAAAUAGCAGAAUGCAGAAUUCCCCUCCCUUAUACUAUGGUUCUGAGUAAUAAACCUAAGGUAAGCAUAGGUAUAGUUUUCAGAGCCUUUCAUGUACUAAUUCUUCCAGGCCAUACAAAUCUGGUCAUCAAGACAUGACAAAUUUCUAUAUACAAAAAAAAAGUAGAAGGGGGGGAAAAACAUGUAACUUUCAACCCUUCUGCUUUUAUGUCUUCUACAAAGUAUGAAACGCAUUGUUCAACAGAUCUGUCUCUUUCAAACACUGAAUCAUUGACAUUCAUUUUUCUUUUGUGCAAUUAUU